AUGUUUGUGCCUCGAUCCGCGAUAAAAAGAUCUUCCACAACACAUGUUAAAACAAAUAAGAGAGUAAAAACCACCGCACAAGUUGUGACUAACGUAGAAAGAACGGAUGAAUCUUUGAGUUUUGUAAAACCAUCUAAUCAGGUUAACGACAACAUCGAAGAGACUGAAAAGACCGAAGAUCCUAUUAAAGAAUACUGUUAUCAACAACGAGAAGCGUCGACUGGGGAACCAGUUUGUGUGGUCUGCGGAAAAUAUGGCGAAUAUAUUUGUGACGAAACGGAUAAUGACGUCUGUAGCAUAGAGUGUAAGAAAAUAGACAUAGAAAGAACACCGAAAAUAAUAAGGGCUAUUUCUCAUUCUUCACCAAAAACUACGCAAUCAGUUUCCCAAUAUCCGCAUAAUAUUGCAAACACCACAUUUGUCUCAGGGGAUUCAUCACAAAUGCACCUACAAGUUCCUUCAGAUCUUUUUCAUGCACAAUUAACGGCUUACUUACCACAUCCAGAAAUUAAAAGUUUGACAAAUUUUCAAGUGCAAUCAACUUUAUCAAAAAAUAAAAUCAUAAUAGAGGGCAGAAAUGUUCCGCGUCCCAUUACCAAAUUUGAACAUUGCAAACUGCCUCCAAAGAUGGCCGACAAUUUGCAACAGAUCGGAUAUCUGAAGCCAACAGAAAUUCAAAUGCAAGUAAUCCCAGCAACACUAGUUGGACGCGAUAUAUUGGCAAGUGCUCAAACUGGAUCUGGAAAGACCGCAGCUUUCUUAAUACCAAUAAUAAUUCAUGCUUGGGCGAUAUCACAAUUUCGUGAGGGCAAAGGUGGACCUUAUGCUAUAAUCAUGGCACCAACUAGGGAAUUGUGUUCACAAAUUGAAGAACUAGCAAAAAAAAUGAUCACAGGUUUACAAAAUAUGAAAACAGCGCUUAUAGUUGGUGGUAUACCUAUAUCUAAUCAAGUUCAUCGGUUGAAAAAAGGCGUACAAAUUGUGAUUGCUACACCUGGACGACUUCUUGGUAUAAUGAAUCAAUACGAGGAAUUAAUGACUAAUAUUCGUAUGAUUGUUAUCGACGAAGUAGAUAUGAUGUUUAAAAUGGGAUUUGAAAAACAGGUAACUGAGAUAAUGGAUAAAAUAAACUCAUCACCAAAUACACAUCUACAGAUUCUCAUGUUUUCAGCAACAAUUCCUGAUAAUAUUAAGAAACAUGCAAAGACACUACUUCAUGAUCAUAUAAGGAUUACUGUUGGAGAAUGUAUAAAUAAUGUAAAUAAAGUUAAUAAUAACAAUAAUGGAAAAAAUAUCACACCAUCUAUGUUAACAAUUCCAGUAAAACAAACAAUUUUGUGGGUAGAAAACAAAUCUAAAAAGAAGCAAUUGUUUUCAAUUCUAAAUGAUCCAAAAUAUUAUCGACCACCGAUAGUUGUAUUUGUCGAAUCUAAAAUGGGGGCUGAUUUAUUGUCGCAAGCAAUUGAGAAAAAAUGUGAUGCACGGACUAUAAGUAUACAUAGUGACAAAUCUCAAAAGGAACGAAUGCAUAUUUUCCAAUCGUUUAUAAACGGAGAAUAUGAAAUAAUCGUUUCCACCGGUGUAUUAAGCAGAGGACUAGAUUUGUCCACUGUAAAUAUGGUUGUGAAUUUUGAUAUGGCAGUUUCUAUUGAUGAAUAUGUUCAUCAAUGUGGUCGUGCUAGUGGCGGCGUUAACGGAUGGGCUAUUACUUUCAUUAAUGAGGAUCAUAAACAUCUUUUUAAAGAAUUUGUGUCGAUGUUGAAAAUGCAACCUUCUGGUAAAGUGACACCUUUACCAUCGAAAUUACUUAAUCAUGGAUAUACUUUGUAUGGAAAAUAG